AUGCAUACCUUCACACAGCCCCAACAACAACUCUCCCAGAUCGAGAAGAGCGUCACCCACCUCCUAGUCGCAACGAAACAACUCCUCGAGACACUCACACUAUGGUCGCGCGGUCAGUCGACUGAGGGCGAGGUGUCCGACGUCUAUGUCCGGCUGGGGUACGAGUUCAACAUCGCCUCGAGGGCUUUCAACGCCAUUGGCGUGGACACACAAGAUCUUGGCCCUGUCCCGGAUCUAUUGAGGGGGAUCUUAGAAGAGACUCUCAGCCAGGAAGCCUCUCAAGCCAGCCUAGACCGCUUUCUACCCCGAAUACGAGACAUCAUAAUAAACUUGCUGCAUGGUCUGAAAAGGAAACAGCAGCGACUGCGGCAGCGGACAGGGAGGGACGGCAUGGGCUCCAACGGCUCAAUACCGAGACAGAGCAGUCUUAGCAGCAAUCACGGCGCUGACUCGGAGGAUGGACCGCUACGACAGUCUAGCAUAAGGCCGCCGGGACAGCGAUCGAGCAGCGCAGAGGUGAACGGGCCGGACUUGCCGCCGCGCACCUCUUCAGCGACAGGCAGACAUUCGCCCAACAAAUACGAAAGUCCGCCGCCGAACGCUCGAGUCCACCGUAACGCCUCUACAAGCCGGGAGACCCUGAACGCGUCUGACACCUCCUCCAUGUCAAGCAAUACCAUGCAGAACAUACCCACAAUCUCGCCAUAUCCGCUAGCCGAAACAAUGCCUUCACAGCCGACCGUCGAGCAGCCCCAGCCUCCAGACCCUCCUCCGUAUGCGGAUUUCCCACCGCCGCCUCCGCCUCCCAAGCAACAGGAUGCUCUGGCCCAGCUGCAGCGCGGAGGUCUGCUUGAGCGGCGAGCAUCUCGCAGGUUUUCGGCAUAUCAGAUUCAGAAACACCUCGGGGGCUCGAAUGGAGUGCCCGUGAUCCCACCGGCGCAGAACUCCCCAAUCCCAAACAGAGGGCGCGACGCGCGUGAGUCGAUGAACGCGGUCCGCAUCCGGGAGUCGUUGCUGCACAGUCGGCAAAAAUCGUACAACCGCUUUGCACCAGAGUCGUCUCCUACGAGGAACAACAAUGUGCCUAAGCGGAUAUCAGAAGAGAGCAGCAGCCCGGCGCCUUCAAUCAAGGCGCCGUCAGAGCCUGCUCUUGGAGACAGUGCGAUUGCGAAAAGCGCUGAGGAGAAGCUAGAUCUUCGUCAAGAUCACGUGAAACCUGCGAGGAAAGACGACCCUUCUAUAGGCGUGGCUAUAUCUGGUCCCGAUGAUAACACCGCGUCCAACGAACCCCAAGAACAACCAGACACCGCAUCCUUGGAACGACGUCCGUCAGCACUACCAGCCCGCCACGGCUCUCGAACAGCCAAAACGCCAUCUCCAUCCCCUCCCCAAUCCCAGCAAUUUAUCCCUGAAGACUCGCCCCAGCCCGGCAAAGAGCUAACCCUCUUCCUGCAAUACAAGUCCCAGAUCAAGAAGUUCGUCCUGGCAGACGGCUACAAUGAGCUCUCAAUCGCACGGCUGCAACUCGCCUUCAUCGAGAAGUUCGCCUGGAAUACGCACAACAACGGCGUCGACCUCCCCGAGAUCUACGUCCAAGACCCAGUCUCCGGUGCGCGGUACGAGCUCGAAGAUCUAGGGGACGUCAAGGACCGCUCCGUGCUGGCCCUCAACGUAGAGCCGCUCGACGAAGUAAAACGGCACAUAGACGACGGGCUCGGCGGACUCAGGCGCGUGGUCGAGGGCAUUAGAACGGCGGUCGAGGAGCAAGGCUCGGCGCUCCAGCGCGUCGGCGAGAGGCAGGCAGAGGCAGCGAAAGAAAUCGCCAGCAUUGCCGCCGCACCGCCCGCACCGCCUCCGCCCACCGCACCCACAGCCGCAGCACCGCCGCGGACACCAGGCCCCGCCCUCCCCCAAUCAACAGCCGCCCAACUCACCGAAGUCCAGUCCCUCCGCCGCGACCUGGCCGUCAUGCGCCAAACCUACACCACCUUCGCCUCGUCCAUCGACGCCACCAUGUCGACCAUCCGGUCCAAAGCCGCAGCCGUCAAGACCUCCGCCGCCUCUGCUGCCUCCGCCCCACCCCCCGCCGCCGGCCGCGCAUACGUCGAGAAGGGCAAGAAGUCCCUCCAGGACACCUCCGAACAGAUCGUCUCCCGCGUCGACGACCUGCAAGACCUUGUCGAGGACCUGCGCAAGGACGUCGUGACCCGCGGCGUGCGUCCGCUGCCGCGGAUGCUCGAGAGCGUCGGGAAGGACCUGUCUACCGCGACGUUGCAGCUGAAGCGCAUGCAGGAGCUGCUGCGCAAGGAGAAGCCCGUGUGGACCAAGAUCUGGGAGCAGGAGCUGCAGCUGGUCUGCGACGACCGGGAGGUGCUGACCAUGCAGGAGGAGCUGGCGGCCGAUCUGGAGCGGGAUCUCGAGGAGGCGAGCGAGACGUUCAAGCUUGUUGAGGAGGCGACGCGGCAGCAGAACCUCGCGGCCUCGACCUCCUCCGGACCCGGCGGCGCGUCGUCGGGACCAGCAGGCCAGGGCAGCCUCCGCAGCGCCUCGGGCCGCAACACCAGCGCGCUAGCCGCCGACCGGGCGGUGGAUCCGCGCCAGGCGAAAGACGGCGUGCUGGGCGAGGUGAGGGCGCUGCAGCCGAACCACGAGGGCCGGCUCGAGGCGAUCGAGAGGGCGGAGCGGGCCAGGCUGAGGGAGCUGGAGAGCCGCCGCGGCGGAGAGUUCCAGAAGGAGCUUGGGGAUUUUGUCGAGGAGGGGAAACUCAAGAAGACGGGGGGGGUCGAGGAAGCGGAGAGGUUGAGGAAGGUGCGGGAUGAGAGGGCGAGGAAGGAGGUCUUUGAGAGGAUGGCGGCGAGGGCGGCGAGGGCGGAGGGGGGUGCUGCGGGUGCGGAGAGUGGGACCAAGGAGGCGCCUGCAACAGCGGAGGGGCAGCCUCUCGUCAAUGGAGAGGAGGGACAGGGCGCGGAAUUAGCACCAGACGCGCGGGCGGAAGAUGACGCUGGUGCGACGACGCCGUUUGAGGAGUUUGUUGAGGCGAAGGAGGAUCCGAAUUCUUCUCCUCCUCCAGGUGGUGAGCGCGCCUUCUCAUAG